UCAGACCUAAAAUCGAGUUUCGCGUGUUUAUUUUUCCAUUUGAAGUAGGAAAAAAAAAACAUUCAAUAGAAAAAAAACAGUGUUUUGUGAUCAACUGCAGCAUUAAUCUGCAAUUUUGGUACUUCUAAAAGGAAUCUGUCGUUGUGCGGUGUAAUGAAUCGUAUUCGAGCAAACCAACAAAGGUUGUUGUUUUCGGUUAUUAUUUGUGGAAAAUUAUUGCAUUUCCAUCAUCGUCAUCAAAGAUCCAUGUGGGAAUAAAAAAAGGGGGAAGAAAAAGUUCCUCAAGUUUAAGCCAGUGCUGUUGUUGUGUUUGCAGCGUGUUGUAUGUGUAGUGGGUGGUUUUAGUAGUUGUUUGUGAAAUUAAGGCUAAAAGUGGACAAAAUGAUUCUACGGUGGAAAAGGAUUAACAAAAUGUUACCUUUGUUGCUUAUGCUGCUAUUGCUCCUUGGGGCGCACAGUGAAAAUGCGUCAAAGCGAAAUGAGGAUUGCACUGCUGUUGCAAAAGACGAAGAAACCUUGCUGGUUUUCUCCACCCUUGGUGGUGGGCUGACUGCCAUUGAUCCUAUCACCGGUGAGAUUCGAUGGUCAAUUGCAGAUGAACCGGCCAUCCGGGUGCCAUCUCUGUCGGAGAUGAAUCCACAUUACUUGCCGGAUCCACGCGAUGGCAGUCUCUACACGUAUCGGAAUCCCGAGGGAGGCCUAAAAAAGCUACCCUACACCAUUCCACAGUUGGUGGCGAAUGCACCGUGUCGGUCCAGCGAUGGUAUUCUCUAUUCGGGCAAGAAAAGCGACGACUGGUUCCUGAUCGAUCCCAAAACGGGAAGGCGUGAAAAAGUUCUUGGAUUCGGAACCCCUGUAGACCGGGAGAAAGCCGAAUCUAUUGGGUGGGCCACUUCGCGGUCCGUCUACCUUGGGCGAACCCAGUACACCGUCAUGAUGUACGACAGCAUGACCUCCGAUCGAAAUUCAAAGCCGUGGAAUGUGACGUUUUUCGACUACACUUCGCACACCAUGGCUCCGGAACUGACGCAGGAGUACGAAUUCCUGCACCUCACCAGCAGUUCAUCCGGACUGACGGCUACCUUCGAACAGAAGAAGGGCACUCCGCUGUGGCAGAAGGACCUCUCCACUCCGGUGGUCGCGGUGUUCCUCCUCGGUCCCGAGGGUCUCCUAAGCGUACCAUUCCAGACGGUUUCGGACGAAGUGCUGCGGGAAGCCAACGAUCGAGCAGCGGUAGAGGGCAGUCUAGCCGAUCUAAAUCUACGCUCCACCGUAUACGUGGGCGAGACAUCCAACAGUAUUUACGCGAUUCCUUCGUUGGUGGAUAAGAACACAGUCACACUGCCAUCGGAACCGACGGUUAAUCUACUGGGUGGUCCUAGAAAAAGCGAAGCUGACGGCGAACCACCGGGACAUGAGCUGAUAGCGUCGGACACAGGACGCAUUCAGAACAAUAACAUCAUCAUUUUAGGCCACUACCAGCCACCGAAGACGGAUGAAAGUCUUAAAUUGGACAUUUCUCCCGGUUCGCCGGGUCGGUUUUACAAGGAUGGCCAGCUGUCGACGGUGCUGCUGGAGUUCAAUGGAUUGCCAAAGGUGGAAGACAAAAUGAAAACGAUCGGAGUUCAAACGGAUGAUAACGAAACACGGAUGAACGAGACGAUCAGAAGGGAUGAUACUAGCUUGAAGGGCUUGAUCGGGAGGUUCUAUCUAGAUGUGAAGGCGUGGUUGGAGGCACAGCCGAACAAGUUACCGACAAUGAUGUUCGUUGCGUUGUUUGGGGUGGUCGUGUUUGGGUUCUGGUAUUUCCACCUACAAAUGAAGGCACUGCAAGAGCAAAGUCAGAACGGGUCACAGACCAAUUCGAACCGAAGCAGUGGUAGCAAUUAUGUGGAACCGAUUGAUUUCGGUGAUGGGGAAAUACGGGUGGGGAAGAUUAAUUUUAACACGCAAAAUGUGUUGGGGAAGGGGUGCGAGGGAACGUUUGUGUUUAGGGGGACGUUCGAAAAGAGGGAGGUGGCAGUGAAGAGGAUUUUGCCGGGGUGUUUUACGCUGGCAGACAGGGAGGUGGCAUUGCUCAGAGAAAGUGAUGCCCACGAGAAUGUGGUGAGGUAUUUUUGUACCGAGCAAGAUCGACAGUUUCGGUACAUUGCCGUGGAGUUGUGUGCCGCUACUUUGCAGGACUAUGUAGAUGUAAAAUCUGUCGAAACGCUUCAGAAGCAGAUAUCUGUAUUGGAAGUGCUCCAGCAGGCAACGAAUGGGCUGAUACAUUUGCACUCGUUGAAUAUUGUGCAUAGAGAUAUUAAGCCGCAGAAUAUUCUACUCUCACUACCGGAUAACAAGAAACGGGUGCGAGCGAUGCUAUCUGACUUUGGGCUGUGCAAGAAACUGAACUACGGCAAGGCAAGCUUUUCACGAAGAUCCGGAGUCACGGGGACCGACGGUUGGAUUGCACCGGAAAUGCAACGUGGUCAUCGGACCACAACUUCAGUGGAUAUUUUCUCGCUUGGUUGUGUAUUCCACUAUGUCAUCUCCAAGGGUUACCACCCGUUCGGGGACAAUUUGAAACGGCAAGCGAAUAUCCUAUCCGGCGAGUACGAUCUACGUACUCUCCACAAAGAAGGAAAACCGAACAACUUGUCGUCGCUGGCUGAAGAACUAAUUAGCGAUAUGAUCGCUGCUGAUCAAUCGAAACGACCGCCGGCAGUGGCGGUCCGGAAUCAUCCACUGUUCUGGAGUAACGAAUGGAUUCUAUCCUUCUUGCAGGACGUAAGCGAUCGGGUUGAGAAGUCGGAUGUCUUUUCGGAUCCCUUACGAACGUUGGAGCGUAACGCCCGAUUCGUUGUACGAGACGAUUGGAGCUUACAUUUGGAUCAGGAAAUCACCAAUGACCUGCGAAAGUACCGUGGCUAUCAAGGCUUUAGCGUGCGGGAUCUUAUGCGAGCGCUGCGGAACAAGAAACAUCAUUACCACGAACUAACCCCUGAAGUGCAGCAAGCUCUCGGGGCCAUUCCGCACAAAUUUACACAAUACUGGAUCAACCGAUUCCCCAACCUUCUGUCGCAUGCAUAUCAUGCCUUAGCAGACUACUCCCACGAGCCUAUAUUCCAUUCGUACUACAACGACGAAGUGAACUAUCGGUUCAGAAAACCCGUCUAUUUCGACGAGGAGGGCAACGAAAACUACGAACUGAUCCGAUACUACGAGGGAGCUCAGAAAAUGAAAGCCACUCAUAGUCCCAAGAGAAAGUCGGUCACAAUUCAAGACCCCGAUUCGUCGACUCCAUCCACCCCGCAGAAAAACAACCGUCGAGGGAUGUACAAUUUCGGAAAAUAUUCAACGGCCGACACGAGCUUCAUUACCCGGGAACAGAUGAUGGGAGGCAACUCGGCUGCUCCCGCUAACAACAGCAAUGUCACUGCAACAGAAAUGGGUACUGUUGAAACCGGUACAACCACACCGACAAACGGCGACGACGAAGACGAAAAGGCUGAUAAGGACGACUUUAUCACCGUGCAUCAUCAUCAUCAUCAUCACCAAAAUAAUAAUAAUAAUAAUCGCAAAAGGGUCAACAAUAACAAUAACUACAGUCAAGCUCGCAGGAGAGAAAACGCCAAGGUUACGUGGAAAAUCGGACAACCACAGUCGGAUUCAAAAAGUCAAUAAGCAGGGCGUUGUAAAAUGUUGCAUUUCGUUACCAAGAAUGUGUUUAGUUAAGAAAAAAAACCGACUUUUGCUCAUUCCCGUCAAAAAAUCAGUUCUGUUGUUUUGUGCAAUAUGUUUUCCUUAAGUUAUUUGAAAAGAGUUUAUUUUUUUAAAACAUUUUCCACUAAAGUGUAACAUUUCUAAUUUUUAGAAAAUUACAAAAUCAUGGUUUGAAAUUUACCGAUCCCUUAUCCUGCCAACAACAACCACUAGGAUAAUAUUCUGUGUAGGAGAACCAACUAAAGUGAAUGCAUCGUGUGAAACGAUCGAGUGUCUAUUGGGAUCUCAUUAACACACCCAUACACAUAUACUAAAAAUAGACAUACAAUCAAUUCGAUUAUUAAGCACCCCUUACCUCCUCAUUGUUAAAGUGCAGUAGUAGUUCAAAGAGGUAAUACAAAAAAAAAUAGAACAACAUUGUGCGUGUGAACAAACAUUUUACAAAAAAAAAAAAGAAGUAAUAUUAACUUUAUUGCUGCACCGUUGAGGCAUGCACACAUGUUUGUAAUUGUCUGUGAUACUUUUGCUAACCGAUUUGGAUUUGUAUGACUAAAAUUUAAAAAAAAAUGUGUAGAUUAUGGAAAUUAUAACCAAAUGGGGGUAGUUUUUCUGUUUUGAAAAUUGAAGUGCAAAACAUAUUGGUUAGUCACCUUAUUGUUUUUUUUUGCGAGGAAAGUAGAUUUAAACUGUAACCAGCAUAUUCUACGAUUGUCCGGUCAAACUUCAACUUGA